GACAUUUCUCACGUGUUUUUGUGUUUGUGACGAUUGUUGUGAUUUCUCGAAAAAUUCUUCCUAAUUUGUUUAAUUUAAACACCUUUUUGACAUCAAAAAUGGGUUUUUUGAAUAUCGUUAAUUAAUCACGAGGUUAAUUAUUAUGUUUUUAUAAAUAAAUUAUUAAAUUUCGGUACCGAUUCAUGAUAUUCAUCUGUUGAGAUGAAUUUUCUGCAGCGAUUAAAAAAAUCAACUGCUGUAUUGCGUGCGAUUCAAAGGCAGGAAAUAAAUUUUAUUACUUCUAGAAAACAAGUUGAUAAUAAUUUUAUUUGUAGUAUAAUAAAUAGAACAUUUACAAGGUCAAAUGUUAUUAAGGAAGAGUAUUCUAUUCCCUUGGCUUUGCGAAAUAAAAAAGCCAAAUCAACAAGUCAUACUUAUAACUACUUUGUUGAUAUCAGACAGGUAAAAGUCGAAGGCGGAUUUGGAGGCGAUGGAAUUAUUUCAUUUAUGCAAUUAUUCAGUAAUGAAAAAGCAGGACCGUCAGGUGGUGAUGGAGGCAAUGGUGGACAUGUUAUUUUCGAAGUAUCGGCGGACGUGAAAGAUUUGAGACAAUUAAAAAGUGUUCAUAAAGCAAAAAAUGGACAACGAGGAAUGGGUGACAAUUGCUACGGUAAAAGUGCAGAACAUUUAAUAAUUAAAGUACCAGUUGGCACGAUAAUUCGAGAUAUAGAUGGGAAAAUAAUUGCCGAUUUAGACGAAGAGGGAAUGAAGUUUAUUGCUGCACGAGGCGGUGCCGGUGGUCAUGGAAAUCCAUAUUUUAAAUCUGAAACAAAUCAAACACCAUUGAUUUGCGAAAGCGGUGCUGAAGGAGAGAAAAAUCAAUAUUUAUUGGAAAUUAAAAGCAUGGCACACAUAGGACUGAUAGGACUUCCGAAUGCUGGGAAAAGUACCUUACUAAGAGCAAUUUCAAGAGCACGACCAAAAGUUGCUUCUUAUCCGUUUACUACGUUGAGACCGCACGUUGGCAUUGUUCAAUAUGACGAUUAUGAACAAGUUGCUGUUGCAGAUUUGCCAGGUUUAAUUCAAGAUUCACAUAAAAAUAAAGGUUUGGGUGUGCAAUUUUUGAAACAUGCCGAGAGAUGUAAAGCAUUACUUUUUAUCAUUGACAUGUCGUCAGAAGAGCCUUGGAAUCAUUUCGAUAUUUUAAAAUAUGAAAUUAGUCAAUUUAAUCCGAAAUUAAUCGAGCGUCAGAUGAUUAUCAUAGCGAAUAAAAUGGAUUUACCGUCUGCUCAGGAAAAUUUAAAAUUAUUCGAGGAGAAAAUUAAUCUACCAAUAAUAUCGAUAUCGGCAAAAUUUGGAACAAAUGUCACCUCUCUUUUGAGAGAUCUACGAAUAUUAUACGACGAUUUAUGUAAACAAGAAGAAAAACAAUAAAUUAUUUAGUAAGUAAGACAUUUUAUUUUAAAUAAAAAAUACCAAAAAGCAUUUCUAAAAAAAA